UAAACUGCUACAUAAACACUGCAGACAACGCAAUUUGUCAGAUUGUAUUAAGCAAUCUAAACAGAAGAGGCUGUUAUUCAUUCUGCAUGCCAAGAAAGAUGAAACACACCAUAAUUAUCCUUCUGCUGCUUUUCCUGGGCACAUGCAUGGUUACCACUGCUUUAAAAAAUCUGGCCUUGCGUGGAAAAGCAACCCAGUCAAAUCUCAUUAACAACCCAUGGGCAUCCUAUAGUGCUGCUUCCAACGCCAUCGAUGGAAACCGUGAAUCUCGCCUCGAUGCUGGGUCAUGCAGCUGUACUGAUAGUCACGCUUACCCCUGGUGGAGAGUGGACCUGCUGGACACCUUCAUCAUUACCUCCAUCAUCAUCACCAACAGAGGAGACUGCUGUCCAGAAAGGCUCAAUGGAGCCCAGGUCUACGUAGGAAACUCUUUGGAGCAGAAUGGUGCUGGAAACCCACUGGCUGGUGUUAUUUCUCAUAUCCCAGCUGGAGAAUCUUUGCCUCUGAGUUUGACCAGAGGUAUGGAGGGACGUUACGUGACUGUGCGUCUGCCACGUACAGGGCACCUUACACUCUGCGAAGUGGAAGUCUAUGGUUACCGUGCCCCAACUGGAGAGAACGUGGCACUGCAAGGGAAAGCCACACAGUCGUCAACGCAUUCAUUUGGUGUCCCAUACAAUGCCAUAGACGGGAACCGGGACUCCACCUGGGAACAUGCCUCCUGCUCUCACACACAAGCACAAUUGAAUCCUUGGUGGCGGCUGGACCUGAUCACAACACACAAGGUGUUUUCUGUUAAUGUAACCAACCGCAAUAUUGCACCACAUGAACUCAACGGAGCUGAGAUCCGCAUUGGAAAUUCCCUUGAAAACAAUGGCAACAACAACCCCAGGUGUGCUGUGAUCUCUCACAUCCCUCCAGGGUUUACCUAUGGCUUCCAGUGUCAUGGGAUGGAGGGUCGCUAUGUCAACAUAGUCAAUCCAGGAACAAGAAAGCACGUGAUAAUGUGUGAGGUGGAGGUGUAUGGCUCUAGCCUGGACUAGGCCCACAGAGGUUGAAAAACUACACUGUAGAUAUUCAGCUGAUACUCUGAUGCUCUGAUUCUGAAAAAAAGAUGAAGUAACUAUACUAACAGGCUUACAGCUCCUUUCCCUUAGCAAUAGCAUUGAGAAGGUGGGUGUUGUUGUAAUUGGAGAAUUUUUUUUCUGUUUGGUCAUUAACAUUGAGAGAAACAGAAAAUGUCACCAUGUAUGAAUGUUACAGUGGAUUGGAUUUGUUUCUUUAAACUGUGAAGGCAGCACAUGAAAAUAAGUGACACUUCACAACAUUUCAAAAUCAUCCAGAAAGUAGCCAGCAAUUGGCUGUCAAAACAAGGCUCUGUUAUGACUGCAGUUGCUGCUUGUUCCAAAUGAUGAGAAUCGGUAUUUUAAUUCAGCAUGUUGUACAUGAAGUAAAUUCCACAUGCCUGGUAACUUAAUGACAUUGCCUGGUGUUGUUGGAGAGAUAUAUCUGGGAGCCAGAGGUCUCACUCAUUGGGCUAGAGCUGCUCUGGAGGCAUAAAUUAUUUCAUUGGAGGAAAUAAACCUCAAGAGAGGGUGCCAAAGAAUCACAGUUUUUCCCUGCUGGCAGCCGAGGCCUGAGAAUGGCAGUGUCUUUCUGUCUCUUUGUUCAGCACUUAACUCCAAGGCAAUACAGCUUGAAAUCUAUUGGACAGAUUGCUGUUCAUUUUGGCUAGCACCUUCAUGCUCCUCAGAGGAUGAACCCUGUGGUGAAUUUAAGACCACUUCUGUGGUGCCACCCACAGGCCAAAUUGUCAACUUUGUACACAAGAUAUCACCAAAUGCAAUUAGUAGACUGACAUUUGGUAGGUGCAUUCAUACUCCCCAAAAGAAGGUUUCUCUUUUUUGUGGUGCUCCUAUGACAUUUUCUAUCGUGCCACUCGCAGGCCUAACAUUUGACUUAUGCACAACAUACCUCUAAAUGUAAUGUAGGGAUUGCCAAGUAAUUUGCAGAGUACACUUGUCCUUCAGAAGCAGAGUAGGGCUUUCUCACACAGCCUCACCUAUAGUGCAUGGGGAAGAGAGAAAGUCUCCAGAGAUCAAACCUCCAGCAACACUUGUCGAAUAAAAAGCAAUUUUAUUGGUUUGAUGUGAACAUGCUCAUCCUUACCAGGGAAGAGACACCAUCAGUCAUUGUGCCGCCAGCACUUUUCCUCGAGUGCCUGCUUAGACAAAAAUGCCAAAUUACACACAUCUAUCUCACAAUGUGAUAGAUGGAUUUCAGAUUGUCAUGAAAUCUGAUGAGCACAUUCAUGCUCCGCAGAUGAGGAACCCUCUCCAUUGUGGUUAUCUCAUGACUUUUCCUGUAGCGCUACCCUCAGUCCAAAAUGUGAAAUAUGCAUGUGAUACCACUAAAUUAAUGAGGAGAUUGUAAUGCUAUUUGAUGAGUGCUUUCAUGUUCCCCAAAGGAAGAUUCAUCCCCUUGAUUGUGAGGAUGACAUUACCUUUCCUCUAACACCGUUCUUAUGCCAAAAUGUCAAAUUUAAAAUCUUAAAAUCUGGACAGUUUGAUAUGAAAUUCGGAAAGCACAAUCAUUGUGCCCAGUGGCAGAGGAUGAACUUUGACUUGAUAAUCUUCUGUUGAGCACCACCCUGUGGCCAAAAUGUUCAAAAGCCCUUUUCCCUUUACUUGCAUCCCUUCAAAACGUAUCAAGCCAGCAGGGAGCCAGCGGCAGAGGACCCACGUUAGUUUACACAAGUUUGCAAACUAAAGAAGGAACUCUGAGGUUUAACUUACUUACCAGAAAGAUUAUGUUUUCCUCCACAGCUGCUCUGCUUCCAAGGAAUGUUUGUAGAAGUAAAACUCCAAUCUGCUUCGAGCAAUCAUGUACAAGAUAUUAUAAAGACUAAUUUUAGAUGUAUAAAGCAGGGAAAUAUUUUCAGAUAAACCAUGACAUAAUGUCUACAAUUUGCUGCAUUACUUGUAACAGGAAAGAAUACUGUUUCAUCACAUGGACCCCACAGUCUUUCUAUUGCUGUUGCUGAUUGGUCUUUAGAUUUUUUCUUAAAUAUUUUAUGCUUGCUCCAAUGUUUUCAUACACACUGUCUGCUGCUUAAAUGUUCACUGAAAUAAAAUACAACAAUCAAGAGAG